AAGUGGAAAGCUAUGGGGGAGACGAACAUCCUUGUGUUCCUCUUGGUUCUUGUGUCCUGUGCCGCAACACAACGCCCUAACAUUGUCUUUAUAGUUGCAGAUGAUUUAGGAUGGAACGAUGUUGGUUUCCGCAACCCGAACAUGAAGACUCCAAACAUCGACAAACUGGCUACAGAGGGGAUCAUCUUCGAGAGCGCCUAUGUCCAACCUUACUGUAGCCCAUCUCGCACUGCGUUCAUGAGUGGGAUGUUUCCUUUCAAGGUCGGCAUGCAACACAUAGUUAUUAGCGACAGCCAGGCUGCAUGUGUGCCUCUCAACUACACCUUCCUGCCACAGGAGUUGAAGAAACUUGGCUAUGCUACCCACAUGGUUGGCAAAUGGCACCUUGGGUUCUGCAAGUGGGAGUGCACACCAACGUACAGAGGGUUUGACACGUUCUUCGGCUACUACAACGCACAGGAGGGCUACUUCAACCACAGCUUAGGUGGCUAUUUAGACUACAGAGACAACAAACUUCCUGCUUGGGACUACAAAGGAGAAUAUUCAGCUUAUACAUUCGCCCAGAAAGCUGUUGACAUCAUCCACGAACACAACGUCUCCCAGCCGCUGUUUAUGUACCUGCCCUACCAGAGCGUCCACGAUCCAAUGGAGGUUCCCGUAGAGUACUUCAACAUGUAUCCUAAUGUGAUGAACCAAGGUCGCAGGACGUACUCAGGAAUGGUGACGGCCCUCGACGAUGCAGUUGGGAACGUGACAAUGGCACUUAAAGAGAAGGGCCUGUUUGAAAACACACUCAUUCUCUUCACAGCUGACAACGGCGGCCCUAUAACAAGUUAUGCCAACAACUGGCCUUUGAGAGGAGGGAAGCACACGAUCUGGGAGGGGGGCACGAGGGGGGCAUCAUUCAUGUACGGCACCGGCUUGAAAAAAACAAAGACAACUUACAAUGGAAUGAUGCAUGCUGUAGACUGGAAGCCAACAUUGGUGACAGCAGCUGGUGGCACUCCUGAAAUGUCAAUUGACGGUAUAAGUCACUGGGAAUCGAUCAGGAAUGGGCUUCCUUCGUCAAGGACCGAGUUUAUCUACAAUCUUGACAACUUUGAACCAGCAAUUGAGGGACAUGCUGGAAUCAGGGUUGGAGACUACAAGCUGAUAAUGGGCUACCCAGGUGGACCCGAUGGCUGGCCCGAGCCUAUGAACAGAACAGAGAGGGAUUUUUAUAUAACCACCAUAUAUGUUGAAGGAGAUAGUCCAGUUCAUCUGUACAAUAUACGUGACGAUCCAACUGAGCAUAACGACCUGGCACAGAAGAUGCCGGACAUUGUUAACAAACUAAAAGCCCGGAUGGAUGACUACCGGAAGCAGAUGGUCCCAGCUGAUUACCCUCCGGCUGAUCCUGCUGCAAAUCCAAAGAAUUUUGGGAACGCAUGGACACCGGGAUGGUGCUGAGCUUACAUCUACCCUUUUCGCGGUCACCUGGGUCCACUUGCACAAAGCGAUCUUAGCGCUACAAUUAUUGUAAAUCCUUAAGAUCGCGACCUUAGGCUUCGGCUUCAAUCGCCAUCCACUUGCACAAAGCGAUUGUAGGCUAAGAUCAUUGUAAGCUACAAUCGAAACUUACACUUGGACCGGACCAAUCUUAAGACUUACGAUCACCUUAGCGCUAAGAUCACUUUGAGGAACGGGGCCCUGGUGUCAUCAGUAAUUUUCAGUGAUCCAUUCCUAUAAUGUUCAUAACUAUAUUGCCGUUUAGGCAGAUAAUCGAGACUGGUUAUUCUCUGGCGUUGACGUUUUGAACUAAGAUGUCAUUUCAUAUGUAGGAAACAAAUUUGAUUUGUGUAAUAAUGCGUCCAUUGAAGUUAGUGGUGCGAAGGAAUCCUUUGAACAAUAAAUUCAUCGUCAUAAGCAACAGUUUGUUUGAUAAGGUUCAAAAGGAAGAGUACACGUAUUGCAUGUAAGACAUUCCUUGGUGUACAAACAAAUACACGUAACAAUAAUAUAACGGUAACGCUAUUUUUCAGAGCACUAUCAUUUGCAGAAGCCCGCGGUCUUCCAUUAACUGGCCUACAUGUUUCGUAGUCGAAUUUAAUAAUAAGGAUUGACUCUAGGAUUGUUCGGUUCUUUGUCAAUCCUUGAAUAAAUAUUCAUCAUUGCUAAUCAGUACAAACCAUGAUAAAUUCCAGAA